GAUCCCCUGUGCGAAUCCCCUUGACCAAGCUGCCUGCUUCCAGGCUGGCUGCUGCUAUGAUGGGACUGACCCAACUAUUCCUUGCUACUAUGGAAACACAGUCACUCUUCAGUGCCUCAUGGAUGGUCACUUUAUUCUGGUGGUCUCCAGGGACAUGUCUGACCACCCCAUCAUCCUGGACAAUGUACGGCUAGCCUAUGCCCAGGCAGGGUGCAAUCCCAUCAGGAUGACAGAAGCUUUUGUGCUCUUCCGCUUCCCCGUCACACAAUGUGGCACCACAGUACAGGUGAUUGGGGACAAAUUGAUCUAUGAGAAUCAGCUGAUCUCUGGCAUUGACAUACAGACUGGGCCACAGGGCUCCAUCACUCGGGACAGCACCUUCAUCCUCCAUGCUCGCUGCAUCUACAAUGCCAGUGACUUCCUGCCAGUCCAGGUCAAGAUCUUCUUGCCCCCUAUACCUGCACCAGUCACCCAGGCAGGACCCCUCCGGUUUGAGCUGCGCAUCGCCACAGACCUGAGCUACACAUCCUAUCUCACGGAGAGAGACUAUCCUGUGGUGAAGGUGCUCCGGGACCCAGUCUAUGUGGAGGUUCGCAUCCUGCAAAGAACAGACCCAUCCCUGGUUCUGGUUCUGCACCAGUGCUGGGCCACCCCAAGUGCUAACCCCGUGCAGCAGCCACAGUGGCCCAUCCUGGUGGACGGGUGCCCAUUCCUAGGAGACAACUACAGAACCCAGCUUGUGCCCAUGGGCCCUGCCUCAUCUGAGCUGCCCUUCCCAACUCAUCACCAGCGCUUUGUCCUCUCCACCUUUGCCUUUGUGGACUCUACUUCCCAGAUGGUGCUCGAGGGACUGGUGUACAUCUUCUGUAGUGCUGCUGCCUGUUCACCAUCCCAGCUGGAGUCCUGCGGGACCAUAUGCCCAUCAGGGGUAACAGCAAGAGGCCGUCGGUUCCUGACUAUCCAAAAUGAGACAGAGCCUCUCAAUGUGGUGAGCUCUCGUGGGCCUGUGACUUUCCAGAACAGCCCAGAGGCAUUCAAAGAGCCAGUCUAUGGGAAUGAAGACCCUGUCUCUAGACUGGACUUGUCCCCUGUGCUCCUGGCUGGGCUCUUGCUGGUGGUUGUGGUCUCCAUCCUCACUGCUGUGAUCAUGCUUUGGAAGAGAAAAGGCUGGAUGACCAGGUUCCAAAACCCUCAUGAAGGAACAUUGUAACAAAAAAC